GCAGCAGCGCAUCAGAUCGCAUCAUCCUAGGCGGUUCUUGGUCUCUCCGUCAAUCAUUUCGUCGUACUACCGUCUUCUAUCUCAAGUUUUUUGUAUCCGCGCACCGUCUGCUUUCAACUUUAUGAACAGUAGCCGGCACAUUGUUAAUGUUUAUGUCAUGCCAAUUGACACUAACAAGGGCCACGAUGAUUUACGCCAAUCAACCACCAAUGAGUUAGUUGUCUGUCGCAACUCCCAUUUCUUGCUUAUCCCGCCGGACACACUUGUGACCUCCAACGCAUUCAAAACAGUGCAAACGAAAAGGGGGGGUGCCAGAGUCGGAAAACCCCUUUUCCACCUUCCAAGAAGCGCUGUCAGGUUGUCAGCAAACGACGGAUCUACGGUUCAACUCGAAACGCAGCGAGUUACCCUAUCUAGGAACUCCCGAAACUGGAGCGCGUGGAUGAGGAUGAGCAGCCUCUUGGCCUGCGCUCGCACCUAUUGUCGGGCCCGGCCUGGACCCCAUGCUCAUUGUUCUUCUCGAGUUUUGGGCAGCGGCGCGCGCCGGGGGGGAUUCCCACCACCUGGGUUGCAUGGAUAUCGGAAACCGCCCUCUCCUUUACCGCCAAGACCAAAUGUUCCAUCCUGAACUAUUCAUAACCACAUCCCUCAGGCAUUCAUGGUUGCCUUUUUUGUGCUUCGAGCCUUCAACUCCCGAGUCCCCCGCACGAGCCGGGCAACUCGGCAACCGGAGUUGAUGCCUCUUCAAGUUUUGACUCUUGCGCCAGCAAAAGUAUGCUAAAGGCCGUUGUUACACCCACUACCAUCAGAGAAGAAACCAUGCUCACGAUCGCUCGCGUUGUUCACUGCAUGCAGACUGCUGUCUCAUUCGCCUGUGGAGCCCGCAGACACUGGUGUUUCGCUACUUGAGUUCCAAAUUGG